AUGGGUGGUUCAGUUUCAAAAAUAAUGGGGAAACUCUUUGGUACAAAAGAGAUGAAAAUACUGAUGCUUGGGCUAGAUUCUGCUGGUAAAACAACCAUUCUAUACAAAUUAAAAUUAAACAAAAUAAAAACAACAGCACCAACGGUAGGGUUCAAUGUGGAAACGUUCCAAUAUAAAAAUGUCAAAUUUAAUAUGUGGGAUGUAGGUGGACAAGAUAGAUUAAGACCAUUAUGGAGACAUUAUUACCCCAAGACUAAUGCUCUGAUAUACGUCAUUGAUAGUUCUGAUAAAACAAGAUUAGAAGAAUCCAAAAGACAAUUGUAUAAAGUUUUAAGUGAAUUGAGUGGGAAUGCAACAACAAAGGGAUUUUUAUUACUAGUAUUUGCAAAUAAACAAGAUUUGAAAAAUUCAAUGUCACCAAAAGAGAUUUCAGAAUUUUUAGAAUUGAAACAAAAUAUAACAAAAGAUCAAUUAUAUGCAGUUAUUGGAACAAAUGCAUUGACUGGACAAGGUUUGAUAGAAGGAUUGAGUUGGAUUUCUAAUAAUUUUAAACCAAAAACAACACCAAAUUAA